GAUUACGCUUCGUUUGUAUGCACUGCACUCAGCCUCCUAUAUCAACACUGCCCCGCAUCAUUGGGAGGAUGGGAAAUGCUGUGGGUAGAUCUAAAAGCAGAAUGUCGCAGCUGUGGGUGUGCCCAGUACCACACUGUAACGCUAGGACAGUAACACUGGCUUAACCCAAGCAGCUAGCAUAUAGACCAAAGGGGCAAGCUAUUCCUGUCGGCAAUCAACUGUUUCUACAGUUGAUUAUGUCCUGUGCCCCUCCUCCUCCCCCGUACUGUCUGUGGUUCCUGAAAGGAUGUGAUCUGCGUCACAGCACGUCAGGGCAAGCAUCUUCCUCCGAAUCUCUCACCGCCACACAGCCCAGCUCAUGUACCAGUGAUCCCCCUUCACAGACCCUACUCUGCAUGGACACCAUGCCCACUCACCGCCACAUUUUGCCACGCAACUUCAGCUGCACUGCUGUACUCUAUGGGGAUGAGCCGGAGAGCCCAGAGGAUGAAGAAAAAGAUGGUGAAGUGGAGGCACCACCAGAGAAAAUAAUAGAGGAAAGCAAACCUGUCACCCGGGGCAGAGAGGUCCACAUAGUCCCACAAAGCCCUACUGCAAGGAGAAGAGCCAAAUCCUUGCCCACCCCAGCGGAAAGGAGGCACCUGGAAGUGGUGGCUCCUCGGAAGAAAGUGGUGCGCUUUGCUGAUUCGCUGGGGCUGGAGCUCACAUCAGUGCGGCACUUCAGUGAUGCAGAUGUGCCCAGUGUGCCCAAUCAUGUGCUAGCUGGGCUGCGAUGCAGGGAAGUUUGUCCCGCCGGGGCAGAGCUGAGCACAUUAUUGUUUUGCGCUCCUCCUAGUACCCCCCAUCUUGAGCCACUGUUCAUUGACCCUUGUACCAAGCCGGACUUUGUUGAGCUUGUGAAACAACGAAGGGUUUGCUUGGAGAGCCUGCGUACGGACCCAUUCAGCAUCAGUGGGAACCUGAGGGUCCUUAACCUCUCCUAUGAGAAAGAGGUGACUGUCAGAUAUACUGUGGACUCGUGGAAGACCUCGUCCGAGGUCCAAGCUGCCUACCAACGAGGCUGCAGUGACCGAUACACUGAUCGCUUUUCUUUCAAAUUGCUGUGUCCGGCCCUUCUGAACAAGGAGGGGCUGCUGGAAUUCGCGCUCAGAUACAGAGUGUGUGGAGCUGAGUAUUGGGACAAUAAUGCUGGGGAAAACUACAUGGUUAAGAGCCACAAGGCCACUGUGUCACCACCUAAGGAAUUUGACAACGCCUGGAUUCACUUCAUCUAGGUGUGCCCUGGGCCACCUACCUAUAUAAUGUUAUUGAGCUAUGUGGUGGAACCUAAAAGAACUGGCCCCAGGCAGUAAGAGGGAGCAGUGGGGCUUGUGGGGCAGAAUGUGAUGAGCGAAUAACAACAAACUAUAAGACUGCCAGGGUAGUUUGAAUGUAAGGGUAGUUUGAAUAGUUUAGUAAUGCUCUCAUCAUUUGGUUUCUAGAGUAGAAAGGUUGUCUGAAUGCACACCCUGUCUUUCCUUUUGUGCACAGCCACUGGUUAACAGUAUACUAUAAUUAUCACCAAUUGUAUGACAUGAUUAUUAGAUCAGGGAAAUUCUCUUUGUAUUCCCUCUAAGCUGGAAACACAUGGACCAAUAAGUUCCAUCAAAUCCAGUUGUUCUGUUGGUACGAUUCCCAGUUGUCCCCGUGAAUACACAGACAGAGGUCACUAAAUGUUUUGGAGCAGGAUGGGAGCACACUUCUGCUGUAAUCUGAAAUUUGUCCAUCCAGGUAUAUGGCUAGAUCAUACAAUACUGAAUCAAGUGGACAUCCUGGAUCUACCAUGUGUGUUUCCACCUUAAAGGUGUUGUAAACCCAAUAUCUCCAAUAUCCAUUCAUUCAUUAAGAUUUUUGUUGAAAGCAGUAUUUGUUAGUCCAUUAAAACAGCAAAGCAGCAGUCAGCUCUGCUCCAGCCAAGAAUCUAAUUACCACAAUGCCUUGCAUGCUCUGACAUUAACAUACUUGAAUGAAUAAAGCUGGCCAUACAUGCACCGAUAAUAUCGUACGAAACAUCGUUUCGUACGAUAUUCGGUGCGUGUAUGG